AUGACGCACAAUGAUUUUAAUAACCUGCUAAGGAGUAGUUGGGAUGUUGAUAAUCAGCUGGAGGUAAAUAUCUCCACUUUCAUGGAGGCUGCUAAAAUUUGGAAUCGAGAGGUGUUUGGUGAUCUAAUUAAAAGGAAAAAUCGGCUACUGGCGAGAUUAAAUGGUAUUUCUGCUCAUCUCAGUUUCACGCCGAAUCCUUUUCUUGAUAAUCUUCAAAUCCAAUUGUGGAAGGAAUUGGAAACUUUGCUUAUUCAGGAAGAAGUCUACUGGAAGCAAUGUUCUAGGUGCAAUUGGAUUAAUUAUGGUGAUAAAAAUACUGCUUAUUUCCAUAACACUGCAUCUGCCAGGAGGAGAAGAAACAGAGUAACCAUGAUUAAAAAUGCAGAAGGACAGUGGAUUGAUGAUGUGCAACAAAUUCAAAAUAUUGGAGCACAACACUUUCUUACUCUGUAUACUGAUGAUGGGAAUUGUGAGAAACUAAAUGCUCCAGGCUUGUUUCCGACUCUAUCAUAUGAGGAGCAAAAUCAGCUAGAAAGAUUGGUGACUGUUGAAGAAAUCCAAUCUGCUAUGUUCUCUAUGGGAGCCUGGAAGGCACCGGGGCCUGACGGCUUGCCUCCGAUGUUUUAUCAAAGCAACUGGGAAUCUGUUAAAACCUCGGUGGUAAAUUGGGUUUUUCGGGUUUUCAACAAUCAUGAAGAAAUUAAAGUGGCAAAUAGCACUUAUAUAUCGCUUAUCCCGAAGAUUGAUACUCCAGAAACUUGUAGCCACUUUCGGCCUAUUGGGCUUUGUAAUGUUUCGUAUAAACUCAUUACAAAGAUUAUCUCUCAUCGGCUGAAGCAGGUCAUGCCCAAAUUAAUUGGCCCCUCCCAGUCAAGUUUUGUCCCUGGCAGGCAGAGUGCUGAUAAUAUUAUCAUAGCCCAAGAGGCCAUCCAUUCCAUGAGGAUCAAGAAAGGUGCUUGCGGUUAUAUGGCUAUUAAGAUAGAUUUGGAGAAAGCCUAUGAUCUUUUGAACUGGAAGUUUAUCAGGGAUACUUUAAUUGAAGCUAGAUUGCCAGAGAAUCUAGUUGACCUGAUCUCUCAUUGCUAUUCGUCUGCGGAGAUGAAAGUCCUGUGGAAUGGUAUCCCGUCCAAUUCUUUCACUCCUUCCAGAGGUAUUCGACAGGGUGAUCCUAUGUCACCAUAUCUCUUUGUUUUAUGUAUAGAAAGACUGUCGCAGAUUAUCUCCUUUGCUGUUAAUCAGAAUUUUUGGGAGCCAAUGGUCUUGAAUAGAGGUGGGCCAAAACUCUCCCAUCUUUGCUUUGCGGACGAUAUUGUUCUAUUCGGGAAAGCUUCCAUGGAGCAGGUUGAAGUUGUACGGGGCAUUCUGGAUUUGUUUUGUAAAUGUUCGGGUCAAAAGGUAAAUUAUUUUAAAUUCUGUGUUUACUUCUCUGAUAAUAUGUGCUUCGCUAGGAAAAAAGAACUAAGUGAUGCUUUGGGAAUGAGGUUAACAAACAAUAUGGGUAAGUACCUUGGAGUCCCUCUCCUUCAUGGUCGUUCGAAGAAGGAAGACUUUCAAUUCAUAUUAGAUAGAAUGGCUAAUAGACUUAGUUCGUGGAAGGCUACAAAUCUUUCUCUUGCGGGCAGAGUUACUCUCACUCAAUCAGCACUGGCGUCUAUUCCUUCCUAUGUCAUGCAGACCAUGAAACUUCCUCUAAGCAUUUGUGAUAGCAUUGAUAAAAUCUGCAGAAAUUUUUUGUGGGGAAGUGUUAGCUCGGGGAGGAAACCUCAUCUCAUGAGUUGGGAGAAAGUUUGCCUUCCCAAAAGCCAAGGCGGUUUGGGCCUCAGACCGGCUAGAGUGUUGAAUAAUGCAAAUCUUAUGAAGCUGGCCUGGAAGCUAAUCCAUAAUAAAGAUGCGCUAUGGGUAAAGAUAGUCCGUAGCAAGUAUGGAUGUGGAGAUGACUCCCUUCCACUUAUCACAAAACAUCUAUCUUCGUCUAAUGCUUGGAAAGGUAUCUUUCAUGUUUGGAAAAAGUUUGCUGACAAUCUUGUUUGGAGACUUGGGUCCGGUGAAAAUGUUAACUUCUGGAAUGAUCAUUGGAUGCCAGGGGUACACCACCUGAUUGAUUUUGUUCAACCCGAGGUGUUUCCUAAUAUGUUGGAGGAACGGGUGUGUGACUAUGUAUCAAACCGGAGGUGGGAUCUCAAUCGAAUUGCAGUAGUCCUAGGUGACGAUUGGAUUCCCGUUUUCAGGUCAACGAAAACACCUGAACCAGAGAUCGGAGAAGAUAUUCUAGCCUGGCUGUUGACAUCAGACGGUGCGUUUUCUAUCAAGUCAGCUUGCUCUCUCUAUCUAAGCCCUUCAGAUAAUUCUAAAGCUGAGUUGUUUUCGAAGAUCUGGAAGCUUGAAGCUCCCCAAAGGCUGCGUACUUUUUGCUGGCUUGUUGCAAAUGAAGUGCUUUUAACAAAUGAGAUUAGAGUCAAAAGAAAUAUGACUCAGGAUGGAUCUUGUGUUAGUUGUGGUGAGGCAAUCGAAUCGAUGCUCCAUGUGAUCCGAGACUGCAGAGUUGCGAGACAAACAUGGAUGAGCAUUGAUGCCAGAUUGAGAUUUGGUAACUUUUUCAACACCCCCCUUCUCCCUUGGUUGUUGGAGAAUUUAUCAUCCCAAUCCCUCUUCAAAGGGGUUCACUGGCCCCUCCUUUUUGUAUGCAUAAUGAAUGCACUCUGGCUUCGUCGAAAUAAGGUGAUCUUUGAUAGCGAUGAGGCCGUAGCAGAGAAUAGCAUUCAUUUUUUGGCCUUCCGUUUAGCGAAGGACUACUCUAUGGCACACCUCGAGCUUGCUCAGAGCAGGAAAAAGGUUUGCAACUUCAUUGAAAGACAGAUCAAAUGGAAGCCACCAGAUCACCCGUUUAUUAAGCUCAACUCAGAUGGCUCUGUGUUAGAUGGAGGAAGAGCAGCUUGUGGUGGGAUCCUAAGGGACUCUGAUGGAAGAUUUAUAGCUUGCUUUAGUGCGAAUUUGGACGGUGGAACAGUGACGACAGCGGAGCUUUUGGGAAUUUUACUAGGCCUGGAGCUAGCUUUGAAUAUUGGUUGCUCUCAUCUGAUUAUUGAAGCAGACUCCCUUGUUGCAGUGAAGCUUUGUCUCCAGAAGGAAAUUGACUUACAUGCUACUAGAUCUUUAGUCUUGGCUAUCAGAAACAGAUGCAGCAGGCUUACUAGCUGGAAUAUUCAUCACCAAUUUCGGGAAGCAAAUACUUGUGCUGAUAGGUCAACGAAAACACCUGAACCAGAGAUCGGAGAAGAUAUUCUAGCCUGGCUGUUGACAUCAGACGGUGCGUUUUCUAUCAAGUCAGCUUGCUCUCUCUAUCUAAGCCCUUCAGAUAAUUCUAAAGCUGAGUUGUUUUCGAAGAUCUGGAAGCUUGAAGCUCCCCAAAGGCUGCGUACUUUUUGCUGGCUUGUUGCAAAUGAAGUGCUUUUAACAAAUGAGAUUAGAGUCAAAAGAAAUAUGACCCAGGAUGGAUCUUGUGUUAGUUGUGGUGAGGCAAUCGAAUCGAUGCUCCAUGUGAUCCGAGACUGCAGAGUUGCAAGACAAACAUGGAUGAGCAUUGAUGCCAGAUUGAGAUUUGGUAACUUUUUCAACACCCCCCUUCUCCCUUGGUUGUUGGAGAAUUUAUCAUCCCAAUCCCUCUUCAAAGGGGUUCAAUGGCCCCUCCUUUUUGUAUGCAUAAUGAAUGCACUCUGGCUUCGUCGAAAUAAGGUGAUCUUUGAUAGCGAUGAGGCCGUAGCAGAGAAUAGCAUUCAUUUUUUGGCCUUCCGUUUAGCGAAGGACUACUCUAUGGCACACCUCGAGCUUGCUCAGAGCAGGAAAAAGGUUUGCAACUUCAUUGAAAGACAGAUCAAAUGGAAGCCACCAGAUCACCCGUUUAUUAAGCUCAACUCAGAUGGCUCUGUGUUAGAUGGAGGAAGAGCAGCUUGUGGUGGGAUCCUAAGGGACUCUGAUGGAAGAUUUAUAGCUUGCUUUAGUGCGAAUUUGAACGGUGGAACAGUGACGACAACGGAGCUUUUGGGAAUUUUACUAGGCCUGGAGCUAGCUUUGAAUAUUGGUUGCUCUCAUCUGAUUAUUGAAGCAGACUCCCUUGUUGCAGUGAAGCUUUGUCUCCAGAAGGAAAUUGACUUACAUGCUACUAGAUCUUUAGUCUUGGCUAUCAGAAACAGAUGCAGCAGGCUUACUAGCUGGAAUAUUCAUCACCAAUUUCGGGAAGCAAAUACUUGUGCUGAUAGGUUGGCUCACUUUGGUCAUAGUCUUCCAUCUGGCUGCCAUAUUUUCUUCAAUCUGUCCUCUUGUAUUUCCUUAGCUUUUCAUGCUGAUUCUAUAGGUAUUGCUCUCCCUAGAGUAGUCUCUAUUUAG